UGAGUUUCGGCCACCCACGUUUGUCUUUCCAUGCCAGACGCUUGUCACUCACCGCCAUUGACUUUCCUUGUCCCGACGCGUGCCGUCAGCCUCGAUAUAACUGACAUUUCGCCCGCCUUCAGGAUCACGCCCUCGUGCCAUUGACGUACCUGCGAGACCCGCCACCAUGUCCUUCCCCAACGUGGGCACGCUGCAGACGCAGUCGGCCAGCAUGCGACCCGCCGAAGCCGACAUUGUGCGCAUCACCAGAGGCAAUCGCAAGCUGUUCUACAAGCUGGCCAUCUUGCAGCAGCCCGAGCGCGCCCGUGCGUGCGGCUCCGGGAACAAGGCCAACAGCGACAGGCGCCCCGUCGACCCGCCACCGGUCGUCGAGCUGCGGAUCAGGGAGGGCGACUCGUGGGAGCGCGGGCAGGACAUCACCUUUGACUACGCCGCCCAGUUCUUCCUUUAUGCCAGCCUCGAGCAUGACCGCAAGAUCGUCACCGGUCGUGGCAUGGCCAACCCCAACCCUCCGGUGCUGACGGGCGUCCCGGCCUCGGGCAUGGCGUACCUCGAUCGCCCCAGGCAAGCGGGCUACUUCAUCUUCCCAGACCUCUCCGUGCGGCACGAGGGCCAGUACCACCUCAGCUUCAGCCUGUACGAAACGACCAAGAACCCGGAGGAUAUGGACAUGGAGCAGACGGCAGGCUCCUUCACACCGGGCGUCGAUUGGCGCAUGGACGUCAAAACCAACGGGUUCCACGUCUACAGUGCCAAGAAGUUCCCCGGACUCAGGAGCAGCACUGAGCUCAGCCGCGACUUUGCCGAACAGGGCUGUCGAGUGCGCAUUCGACGGGACGUGAGGAUGAGGAGGCGCGACAAGGCCGGCGGCGGCGGCGGCGGCGACAGAGAUUCCGCGGAGCCUCAGACUCCUCAGUCUGCGUCCGCUCGUUCACGUCGGCCAUCGGGGGCUCCCGCUCUCUCGGCGGCACCGCAUCCCCAGUCGCCUUAUCCCUAUGCGGCGCCACGGCCGUUUACCCACCUUGCUUCCGCGCCCAUCUCACCAUCGGCCCAUUUUGCACAAGAUGGCCAGUACAUCAAGGCGGAGGACCAGCCGUACGUCAAACACGAAGACUACGGGCUCACACCAAUGCGCAACAUCCCACGCGCAUCAGUGGACAUCAAGGCCCGUCGCCCAUCCGGCAACUACGUUCCAUCUUCGCCCUCGGUGGCGAUGUCAUCGCCCCGAGACGCCGACGCACACAAUCGCCCAUCAGCGCCCUAUUCUCAAAGCCGCGGGCUCGCCCCAUUACAACCACACCCGCCAGCGCCACAGCACACCAUCAAGAUUUCCCACCUCGUAUCACCGCCCAUCGAGGCGCAGGUUGGGCCGUACCCCGAGCCGGAACAGAUGUACACGGGCGGCAAGCGAAAACACGAGCAUGUCUUCACCACAGAUGACCGGGCCGUGAGGAACGGCUCGCGUCAACUCGAUCCACACUUUGGUGGCCAACACCGCCUUCGCUACGCUCACGACACGGGCCAUUUCUCACGAGCCGAUGGAUACGUCGAGCAAGCCCAAUUUGCUCACUGGCUUUGAGCAGGAUCUUUGUAGAGAUUCCUUGUAGAGACGCGACUUGC